GCUUGAGUUUGUGUAAGACGCACGUGACCUAACCUGUGUCCGCAGGUCCAAAUAUCAAGAGACUUGCUGGAAGUUUGCUGCAUUUUUAGAAGGAUCAACCUCUUUUUUAAAAAAAAGUGGGACUUGCAAACAGUGCCAGGUCAGAUAUUUAAUGUCUGUACUUCCCUUGGACUAUAAUAGCUAAAUAUUUUCCUUUGGGGCUGACAUUUUGAAGGCCUGAAGUUACCACUUAUGCUUUUUUGCGGACGUGUACCCACCAGCUUGUGGUUGAGGUGUCGCUUUACAGUCAUAUGAUCAAAGCUGUUAAUUUGGAUAGGAGGCGAUACCCUGAUCUCAGUUUUCACUGACUUUUGGUCAGACAGUAAGCUUGUCCUGCCUGCUACCUGUUCUUCACCGGCCAGGGAGUUUAACAUGAGACCAACAGGUUGCAUGACUGGCUGGACUUGAUGCAUGGUUGCAUGACUAAUGUCUUUGUGGAUUUAUGAAUAAACAGAUGCAGAUAUGGCUCACACUGUGAUUAAUGGGAGUGUUCCAGAAAAAGGAGAGGGAUCUUUAAAUGGAGAAGAUGAAAAGGAUCUACAGUCUCCAUAUUCUGUGGAAACUCCUUAUGGCUUUCAAAUAGACCUGGAUUUUCUUAAAUAUGUAGAUGAUAUACAAAGAGGAAACACCAUAAAGAAACUGAAUAUUCAAAGAAAGCCCAAAGUGGCUAAAACGCCUGCAAACCCUCGAAACACUGGAGAUCAGGUCAGUGGAUGGACAUCAACAGAAUCCCUGUCCUCCUCCAACAGUGAAGAUAACAAAUUGUCACCAUCUUUAUUUAUUGGUGCAAGAAGUCAGCAUACUCCUCAAAUAAGAGGUGGUAUUGAAACAUCAUCAGCAUUUUUAUCUGUUCAAGAAAACAAACUGUUGCCACCACCAUCACCGAGGCCAACAGCACAUAAUUUCCAUGUUGAGAAAACUCUGAUGGAAACCCGUAGAAGGUUGGAGCAAGAGCGAUUGAUCAUGCAGUCAACUGUUGGGGAUGCACGGCGACCGAGGUUUGCAAGUUUUGGAGGCAUGGGCUCUACCAAUUCUUUAGCUUCAUUUGCAGGAUCCACUGGACUGAAUCAAGUAUCCCCAAAUUCUCAGCAAAUUCAUAAUGGUUUCCAGGCAAAUGGAGAUUAUAACCCUUAUUUCAAUUCGUCAAUGGGCAGUUCCAUUCGUCACAGUCCUUUAAGUUCAGGUAUCACCACACCCGUCACAAAUGUCACCCCAAUGCAUCUUCAGCACAUCAGGGAGCAAAUGGUAGUUGCACUUCGACGACUCAAAGAGCUUGAAGAGCAAGUGAAAACAAUUCCAAUCCUACAGGUAAAAAUUUCAGUGUUACAAGAAGAAAGAAGGCAAUUAACAGCACAGCUGAAAAGCCAAAAGAUUUCGAAUCAAAAUGCCGCAUCAGGAUUUCGAAAGCGAUCUUACAGUGCAGGAAAUGCAGAUCAUUUUGAACAAUUGCUCCAGACGAAGCAGGGAGGAGAACUACACAUUGACUCAGAGGAUGAAAUGGAAAGUUUAGAACAGAGUUCGUUGAGAAUGGAGGAGUUCAGGCAACUGACAGCAGAAAUGCAGGCUCUUGAAAAAAAGAUACAGGACAGUAGUGAUGAGAAGCAGACUAGCAGUAGAAUGUGUACACCACCGCUGGUGAAAACAAGAGAGUACAGGUCCAUAGCUGUAGGAACAGAUGUGAACAUGAAUGAAUUUGUGGUUUACCAUCGAUCUGCAAGACAUUUCAAAGAUGUUGCAGUUGGGGCAGUUGUCAAGCAGACAGAUGCCGGUGUUGGGGUCACUGAGACUCUGUUAGGUAUCACCACAGAGGCAGAGGUGGAAAUUGAACUGCAGCAGCAGACAAUCGAUGCACUAAAAGAGAAAAUUUAUAGGCUUGAGGUGCAGUUAAAGGAAACCACACAUGAAGUGGAGAUGAGUAAACUGAAACUGGAGCUGCAGGUUGCUGGAUCUAGGAAAAAGGCAGAUAAAUAUGUAAUGGCACAACCACUAGUCUCCAGUGCAUCAGUACAAGCAAUAGUACAAACAAAAAACCAAAUGGUUGGUGACCAUGUAAACUAUUGUGAUGCUUAUGUAGGCACUCAACAGCAAACACGUAGCACAGGAGUCACUUGUAGGCCUGAUUUCCAAGAUGUUGCUGUAGGACCAGAUAUACCAUUGAACUGCUGGGUUGUACAUGAGAAGGUGGAAUUGCAGGAUAUGGGUGUAGGUCAUCAUGUUAUAAUGUGUGAUAAAACUAUGAAUUGUGGGAUGGAGAAAAGUUUCUCAGAUGUGGCCAUAAACACAGAAGGGUGUAUGCAAGAUCAAGAUCUUAUCAAGAUGAGAGAAAAUGUUCUUCCAGCCAAGGGAUCUAAAUCAGUAGGGUGUGGUGAUUGUUCAGUGGAUGUUAUUGUUUGCCAACCAAAAGAACUGAUGUCCUCUAGUACUAACACUGUACAGGUUUAUACAGUCGAUUCAGCUGUAAUGGCAGUACCCCAGACUGAAACCCAACAAACCCAUGCAGAAGUAGAUAGAUUGAAUCAGUGCACAAAUACUGAGCCAAUAACAUUUGCAGACUCCACUACCAAUACCAUUGUGAGCAAUUACAAUAAAGAGACCAACACUGCAGUCAUUGAAACACGAACUGUAGCUGUGGGAGAUGGUAGAGUGAAAGAUGUCAAUGCAGCUGUUAAAACUCGCUCCAUUGGUGUAGGCACAACAGCCACUUAUGAUAUUGAUUUGGAGAAGUCAUCUGUUAAGACAAAAGAUUUUGGAGUUGGGCAGUUGAGCAUAAAUGAGAACUAUCUUGUUGGUUUGAAAAAGAGAAAUAUUGGUUGUGGCACAAUUAAUCAUCAACCUGUGACUCCUAACACAAAAAGCAUCGGUGUUGGUGAUGAGUCUGUGUUUGCUGCAAAAAGUCAAGAGACUGAUCCCAUGCCGAAUCCAGAGACAGAAUCCACAUUGAACCAUUACGUUGAGCGUGUGCAAAAGUUGUUACAGGAGCAGCAGAUGCUACUGGCUGAAAAUUAUACUGAGCUAGCCGAUGCAUUUGGACAACCCCACUCUCAGAUUGGAUCUCUCAACUCCCAGCUUAUCAAUACGCUGACUUCUAUAAAUUCUGUCAUGAAACUUGGGAGCACUGAGGAAAUAAAGACCAGUGAUGUUGUCAACCCUUGUGCAGACACUGUAAUUACAGGUGCAAGAACUGAGCACAGUUCAUGUAUCCAAACUGCCAGCAGUCUUCUGACAUCUACGAAUUUAUCAACUUUAAAGAUCGUAGACUCCUGUGAGACCUCACCACAACAGGAAAACACAACUCUUCAAACUGUUUUAACCAACCAACAAGCAACUUCUGCACCUCAUGUACCUUUUAACAGUGCAGGCACACUGAAAUCCAUUAUGAAGAAAAAAGAUAGCCCCAGAAAGCAUGAAGCAAAUGGCACAAAGAAGAACCUUCAGUUUGUUGGUGUCAAUGGAGGGUACGAAACCACAUCCAGUGAUGAUUCCAGUUCAGAUGAAAGCUCAUCUUCUGAAUCAGAUGAUGAGUUUGAAGAUCGAGAGUAUUCUAAGGAUGAAGUUGAGAUUAAUCGUGAAGUGCUAACAGAGGGACCUGAUAUGUGUAGGACUGAGAUUGCAAAUGUUUCAAAUGAAAAAGAGAUUGCGGUGUUGGAAAGAAGUGAAAAAGAAGCUGACAAAGUGGAAAUAAGGGAGAAGUACGAGUUAAGUGAGAAGGUGUUGUCGGCUUGCAAUAUAUUGAAAAACCAGCUCAAUGACCCAAAAGCAAUGGCCAGCAAAGAACUGAGACUUUGCCUAAACAAUAUCCAACAUGAAUGGUUCCGUGUAUCUAGUCAGAAGUCGGCAGUUCCCACCAUGGUAGAAGAUUACCUGGCUGGAUUCAGGGAGAUUUCACCAGAAGUCUUGAAACAUGUAGUCAACAUGGCUGAUGGAAAUGGCAAUACAGCCCUUCACUACAGUGUGUCUCACUCAAAUUUUGAAAUUGUGAAGUUGCUUCUAGAUGCAAAUGUGUGCAAUGUUAACCAACAGAACAAAGCUGGGUAUACUCCCAUUAUGCUUGCUGCUCUUGCUGCAGUGGAAAAUGAGAAAGACAUGAAAAUUGUGGAUGAGCUAUUUAGUCAAGGAGAUGUGAAUGCCAAAGCCAGUCAGGCUGGUCAGACGGCGCUGAUGCUUGCAGUGAGCCAUGGUCGGAUGGACAUGGUGAAAGCGCUGCUUCUCUGUGGUGCUGAUGUCAAUAUCCAGGAUGACGAAGGCUCUACAGCUCUGAUGUGUGCAAGUGAGCACGGGCAUGUGGAGAUAGUUAAGCUCCUGCUGGCCCAACCUGGAUGUGAUUCCACUUUAGCUGACAGUGAUGGAAGCACAGCAUUGUCUAUUGCUCUCGAGGCUGGUCAUAAAGAUAUAGGAGUCUUACUUUAUGCUCAUGUAAACUUCUCCAAAGCUCCGUCACCGGGUACACCCAGGCUAGGAAGAAAAACCUCUCCAAGCCCAACCAGACGAAGCAAAUUUGAUUGAUUCCUACCUGCCAUUGACCCAGUCCUUUUACUAAGCUGCUAUGUAUCCCUGUUAAUAUUGACAGAUACUGAAUGUAAAUGUGUGCCUGAGCUCACCAGCAAAAACUUUUUUAGCAAUAGUACAAAAAGGUAGCUCUGCCAAUCUACUGACCAGCAACUAAACUGGAAAGUGUUGCGGAGGCUGGCCUUGUAAUGUCUUCAUUAUACACUCAGCAUCAUUGUUGCCUCAACAAAGCUGCUUGUAGCAAGCUUUAUUAGUCUUUAUUUUAAAUUACCCUUUUGUCUCUUUGGUUUUAGUCCACAAUGAACACACAACACAUGGCUAUUUAGCUUUCUCAUUUAAUUGCAUUCAUUGUUAGUUGUAAACUAUAUUUUGUCUGUAUAAACUUUCAUUAAAACAAGUGUCAUGAUAUUAAUGGCAUUAUUUUAAAUCACUGCAUUGUAUUUAUAAUAUUUGGAAAUAUACAUUUGAGUUGGUUACAUUAAAAUUUAAGAGGCAUGAGGGAUGGCCCUUGUUUGGGUUUCCUUCAUUUACAGAAAGUUAUGUAACUUUUAUAUUUCAAACAAAAUCAUUUGUAUCUGUUAAAAAUUGAGUCAUACAGUAUUUUCAAACUAUUUUAUACAUACCCUAAUAAAAAUGAAUUUACAUGAAGAAUAGAAUAAUUUACUAUUGAACAUAGAUUUUUAAUUCUUUUAGAAAUUGUUUACAUCAUUGUAUCUAAUUUGGUUUUAGUGACAUUUGAGAUAUUAUUUGUAUAUCAUCCUGUCCUUCAAUUAAAGCCCUGUAUAUGGUUUUCUGUGCAUAUUUAUGAAGACGGCAAUCUUGUCACAUUUAAAUUUUGUCAUGUGUGUAUUUAAAUGUUUGAAGUGCCUUAGAUCCUUGCCAUAUUUUCAGAAUAAAAGCUACAUUAUGCUAA